CCCGGAAGUGUUGCUAUGGCGGCGGGGGAGCUCAGCGGCCUGGUCGCCGUGCUGGAGACUUACCGCGGCCGCGACCGGGUGGUCCGUGCGCUCUGCUAUGGCUGUCAGCUGGCGGGCGGGGCGCUGGCCGGGCCGCAGGCCUCGCCAUCCGGGCUGCCCGGGAGCCUCCUGGCCGUGUCGGCCCAGCUGAGCGCUUGCCGCACGGCCCUGCGCCUCUUCGACGACUUCGCCAUGCUCAGCUACAGCUACGGCUACGGGCUGGGCCCCAAGGACGAGGACGGCCUGGUGCGGGGGCUGUCGGUGCUCUGCAACCUGGCCAACCAGCUCUACUACCCCUGCGAGCACGUCGCGUGGGCGGCUGAUGUCGGCAUCAUCCGCAUCGGCUCUCAGAAGUGGUGGACUCUGAGCACGGCGCUCUGGGCCUUCUCCCUGCUCCUGGGGAUCCUGCGAUCCCUGAGAAUCUUGUUCCAGUUAAGAAGAAAGCUGAGGCAGCACAAGUGUACCUCUUCGCCUCUGAGUCGAAAGGAAACAAAAGCCCAAGUGAAGGCUGAAGUUUUGAGCAUCCUCACAGACCUGGCAGAUCUCUCCAAUGCAAUCCACUGGCUGCCGCCGGGAUUUCUUUGGGCUGGACGCUUUCCUCCGUGGUUAGUAGGGCUCCUGGGGACCAUAUCUUCCCUGAUUGGUAUCUACCAAGCACAUAGAGGAGGAAAUUCUGAAGCUGUAUAAACCACAAUUAAGCUUCAGGAGCCCGAUUUUUACAUGGUAAAAAUGCCUUUAGCGAGGCAAGGUGUAUUUUAAUUUUUUUGGGUGUUGAUUCCCAACAGCGAGGUCUUGAUACUCUUUAUCCUCCGCCCCGUCCUUGUUGUUUAGCUGGACCUUCACCCCAUGGAGUGCCAGGUCUGCCACAGACGAUGCCUUCCUGACUCUGCUCAGAAUUUGCUGUCAGAUUUACAGGUUUUUUGGUACAAUUCUUGGGUGUUUUUCCCAAUUCCUGAAUGUUUUCCCCCAAUUCCACGCAUCCUGUAAUUGGGACUGUAGUCAAGAUGUCUAUUACAGAGAGGAUUGUUUGCGGUUAACAAUUUUUAUCACUCUUCAUCAGAGAAAUCUUUCAGGUGAAUCCUCUGAAAAUCAAGAAACCUCCUAGGAUUGAUUAAAAUAGAGGGGAAAAAAGUCACUUGCAUCCUUCCUUCCUACGUCCCAGAAGACAAAUACAACCUCCAGUCUUCGUUGUCACUUAAAAGAGCACAAAAUCAGUGUUAGGCGGAAAACCAGCCACGGUUCUGUCACACAAAACUUCUAAGGGACGAAUCAUGCGAGUUCAAGCUCCAAGCCUCAUCUGAACGGGGGAGGUCACCGUUAUUGUGGAGGUUUCAGUGUUUGAGCCCAGAGCAGCCUCCACAAGCGCAAACAAGAGCAAGUGGCUGAGGGAGGUUGUUGGGUUAUUUGGUUUGUGACGGUUGUGUUUCUUUAGAAAGAAAUAGCAACUGUAAAGCAGUGCCUUGUGAAGCUUUUUUUCUAGUCGGUAUUACUCAUUUAAGGAGAAAUAUUGGAAAUUGAGACUUCCCGGUUAAAGCAGCCCCAGCGCUGAGCCUCCAGCUGUGCCUUUACGAAAUGCCACCGGGUGGAGCUCUUCCACCAAGGUCUGGCAGCAGCCAGCGGACUUUUUUUAAAAAAAAAAACAAACAAACAAAACCAGCAAAUUCACGAAUCACCGUUCAAAGGACCAGUCAAACCCAUGCCAAGAUGAGUUUUACAGUUAUAUUUCUAGGCGGUGCCAAUAAUAAAUGAGAUGAAUGCUUCAAG